UGCUGAAAGAGGUGUGUAAAACAUCACACAAAUUACGUCUUGUUACCCAAGUCACUCGGAUAUACUCAGGCGAGUUAUUGAGCAAAUUCCGAUGACGAGCGAGGGAGAUGAGGCCGCCGUACGGCGCCGUACGGCAUAUGCUGAUUACCGGAAAAAGCUCCUUCAGCACAAGGAACUAAAUGCUCGGGUAGGGACUGUGAGAGAGAACUUGCGAGCUGCCAAAAAGGAAUAUGGUAAAACAGAAGAUGAUUUGAAGUCGCUUCAGAGUGUUGGGCAGAUCAUCGGCGAAGUGCUCCGACCUCUAGAUAACGAACGCUUGAUUGUGAAAGCCAGUAGCGGUCCAAGGUAUGUGGUUGGCUGUCGCAGUAAAGUGGACAAGGAAAAACUGACCUCAGGCACUAGAGUGGUUCUCGAUAUGACGACUCUUACAAUCAUGAGGGCACUCCCACGUGAAGUUGAUCCUGUUUUAUAUAAUAUGCUCCAUGAAGAUCCUGGCAAUAUAAGCUACUCUGCUGUUGGUGGACUGUCAGAUCAGAUCAGAGAGCUGAGAGAAUCAAUAGAACUACCUUUGAUGAACCCUGAGCUUUUCCUCCGUGUUGGAAUUAAGCCUCCAAAGGGUGUUCUUCUCUAUGGGCCUCCUGGGACUGGCAAGACCUUGUUAGCCAGGGCAAUCGCUAGCAACAUUGACGCCAAUUUCUUAAAGGUAGUGUCAAGUGCCAUUAUUGAUAAGUACAUAGGUGAGAGUGCGAGAUUAAUCCGGGAAAUGUUUAACUAUGCUCGUGAUCACCAACCUUGCAUCAUUUUCAUGGAUGAGAUUGACGCAAUUGGUGGACGUCGAUUUAGUGAGGGAACAAGUGCAGACCGUGAAAUUCAGAGAACGCUCAUGGAGUUGCUUAAUCAGCUGGAUGGAUUUGACCAGCUUGGAAAGGUAAAAAUGAUUAUGGCAACAAACAGGCCAGACGUUUUGGACCCAGCUCUUCUUCGCCCUGGUCGGUUAGAUAGAAAGAUAGAAAUACCCUUGCCUAAUGAACAAUCAAGAAUGGAGAUCCUCAAGAUUCAUGCUGCUGGAAUUGCCAAACAUGGCGACAUUGAUUAUGAAGCAGUUGUUAAGCUUGCUGAGGGUUUUAAUGGGGCUGAUCUUCGUAAUGUGUGCACUGAAGCUGGUAUGUGUGCCAUACGUGCAGAGCGUGAUUAUGUCAUCCAUGAGGAUUUCAUGAAGGCUGUAAGGAAACUGAAUGAAGCAAAGAAACUUGAAUCAAGUGCGCACUACAGUGCUGAUUUUGGCAAGGAGUAAGAGAUUUCUGCCAAGGAGCUAUUAGACUGGCCGCAAUCUUUGGCUAUGUUCUCGUCCUACAAUUGUAGUUGAGUUUACUUGUAUUGCCCAUCUUCAAGAAAUAUGUAAAGCAUGUUUCAAGAGAGCAUCCCACACCCAGUCUAUUUCUUUAUUGAGCGCAGAACCUUAUUUCAGUUUUUUCUUCCUUUUGUGGUAUUUAGUGGAUAUUAAGAUGAAGAUUGUGGUAUAUGCAAUACCUUGCUAGCUUGUGUUACUGAAUUAUGAUUCAUAUUAACUACCAAAUGCAACUUAACAAAUGAGUUUGAGUUGCAGUCAGAAUUAGAAAUUUUAGUUGCUGAA